AACACUGCGCAACAUGUCGGCUCUUUCUUUCUACAAAUCUACACAUGUAGUACUUUUUAUGGAAUUCUCUUGAUACAGAGUUUACUUUCAGAUUAGAUUUUGUAUCUCAUUUAGUGUCUUUCCAUUUUCCUCCCUGUGCCGGAUUAAAGGGAGUGGAUUGUUAAUGCAGCAGCAUGGCCAAGGGAAAGAAAGCCACACAGACUAAAAGUAAGACUAUCACGUUGAAAAUGGCACAGGACUGCGUGAAGCUGGCAAUGGAUGGCAAACGUAGUCUGGACCUGAGUUUUAAGGAGAUCAGCACGGUGCCUACGUGUAUCCAGAAGCUGUUUGAGAUGGACGAGCUGAACCUGAGCAGGAACUUCAUCAGAAAAGUCCCGGACUUCACUGACAAUUUCAUCAGAAUCCAAGUUCUGGAUCUGCACAGCAACUAUCUGGAGGCGCUCCCUGUGACAAUCGGUCGUCUGCAGAGCCUCCUGAUUUUGAACCUGUGUAACAACCGUCUGACGAGCCUCCCCAAUGAGCUCGGCUUCCUGGUGAAGCUCCGCACACUCAACCUGGGGCUCAACCUGCUGGACGCCCUCCCUGCCUCCCUCGCAGGAUUAAAAGAGCUCCGUCACAUUGGCCUCUCGGACAACAGAUUCACCCGCUUCCCUGGCUGCCUGUCCAGGCUGACAAAUCUGGAGAGGGUCAACCUAGACAGAAACCCCUUCCUCACUGAGAAAACAGACAGCCAGGAUUCCAUGAACACCGAGAGAAUGUGCAUGGUGAAGGAGAGCUUCCUUUGUGAGGACUGCCUCAAUAAGUUCCAUACCGAGAGGAGGAUGCUAGAGGACGUGGAAAGGGAUGAGCCUGAACCAAAAGUGGUCCUGACUUGAAUGGAAACAAGUAGAGCUCAAUCUCUAUGUGAAGAACACAAAAUAUUCUUUGCAUUUACAUUAAAACGAUUAAUAAAUACUCCAUAAUUUCAAGCUAAAGAAUUGCAAGAUAACACUGUUUUCUGAACUUUUUACUCUAAAGUCGUUUUAGCUGCUGAUGUCAGAAGACUUUAGGCUACCUUGUGAAGCCAGUAGGAACCGGUGUUAUAAAACUUCUAAACUAAAUAUAUAUUAACUCAGUAACUGGUAUUAAUUGGAGUGUUAUUCAGCUUGUGAACUCAUUAUUUUUCAUUGGUAUUUUCCUGUUUGUCCACAUUAUAACUUACAGGGCAUGUAAGACUUCAAACAAAAUACACAAUACAGUUUCCGAUAAAAAAAACUACAUUUCCAGCGGUGACUGUGCCCAACCUGUAGUUUCUCUUAAGUGAUUUCCUCUUUAAGAUGUUUGAUAGGCAGCUCUAAGUCUGUAGGGAGUUCAGUUGAGAGUCUUGGGUUCAAGUCCCAGUGCAGACCCUGUCUGG